CACCUACAUCCAGUCACUGUCCUAACUGUUUAUGGUAUUUACAGGUUGCGCAUGACUGUCGUGGUGAUGCUGGGGCACUCUACCACCAAUUUGGUGUUACACUGAACAACGUCUUCGAUACCCAGGCGGCGCAUGCAGUGUUGCAGCAGCAAGAGACAGGAAAACCUGUGUACAAAGUCAAGAAUAUAUCCCUGAACACACUGUGUCGUUCAUACAAUGCUCCCGUCAACCCUCGCAAAGAUCAGAUGAAAAAUGUUUACCGGCGAGACCAGAGGUUCUGGGCACGACGACCUCUAUCUGAAGACAUGAUUGUUUAUGCUGCUUACGAUGUUGUAGCUCUUGUACCCACAGUCUAUGAUGCUAUGAAAAGACAGCUAGACCCUGCAUUAAUACCGUUGUUUGAAGAACUGUGUCGGGAGCAAGUGGAGGCCUUAAUACAACCAGAGGAAGUUAAACAAAAGAAAAAACAGCGGAAAAUUGAAACUGAAGUUGCGGAAUUAAAAAAUAAGUUAGCGACUAAAGCUAGAGCAAUUGUUUUAUCAAACAGAGAAAUUAGACUACUUAGUUUGCAAUGA